GGGAUUGGCGCGGCGCGGCGCAACGGGCUGCUGACCGACUGUCCGGCUUCCCUCCCCGGUUCCCCGUCGGAGUCGGACGGGCGACUCCGCUGCGCCCGAGGAGCCCCGACGCGACCCCGUGUCCGAUGCAGCGCCAUGCGAUGAGGCCACCUUCACCCUAGGACGCCCCCAGGAAGGGAUGCAGCGGGCCAAGAAAGGCGAAGGCGCGGCCGUGGGGAAGGGAGCAGCCGGAAACGGGAGCAGAACACUUACGGGCUCCAGAAUAAGAGAGAAAAGUGGGACCCAGAAGAGGAAGACGUCCUCGGCAUCUCCAACUUCGGCCGUUAAGUCCCAGUCCCGGCCGAGCGAUCGACUCAAUCCCAAAACCAUCGAUCCGUUCAGUAUCCAGUCAAGAGUAUCUUCUGCCUUUGCAGCCAUUUAUUCCAAAGGGGGCAUCCCUUGCAGAUUAGUCCAUGGCUCUGUAAGGCACAAACUGCAAUGGGAUUGUCACCCUGCAACACUUCAGUUUGAUCCUCUUCUUAUUAAUUUAGCAGAGGGGCUAAAAGAGACAAGGCACCCGUAUACAUUCAUAUCCCAGGAGGGCUUCAAAGAAUUGCUGUCAGUGGAAGGCGCUGCGCAUAAAACGAUUCCAUUACUUCCUCGGCUUGUUCCAGUGUUAAAAGCUGCUUUGGCCCAUUCAGAUGAUGAAGUAUUUAGAAGAGGACUGAAUGCCUUGGUACAGUUGAGCGCUGUUGUUGGCUCUUGGCUUAAUGAUCAUCUGAAGCAUCUCCUUUCUAGCCUUUCAAAGAGACAGAUGAGCAAGAAGUUCAAAGAACAAACUACUGAGGCUUUGCAAAAGCUGGAGCAGUAUGGUGGAAAAGAAAGUCUGACUAUUAUAAAGGCAAAAAUUCCAACUUACUCUUCGAUUUCUUCCUAAAGAAUGUGAAGAAGAACCCUGCCUUUGAACUGUACGGUGUUACUUAUUUUUCUAUAGUGUAUUGUUCUAUAAUCUUUCAGGGAAAGAAGUGAUUAAUAUUUAAAAUUAAGAUGAAUGUUAAGAAUAAAAGUGUUCUGGAUAUUUAAUUAUGAAAAAUGCUUAGGAAUGGCAUUGUCUUUGCUCUAGUCCUUUUGCAGGAAGCACAGUCCAAUGUGUCUGGUUUGUUAAAAUUAUUAUGCAAUAGUGAUUUUAAAGAAAAUGUGCAUACUUUACUUGCUAGAUUUAACGCUUAUUUAAACCUAUGUGCAAUUUGAUUUUUACCAAACUUAGAUGAUGAUGGGUGAGGGCACCAAAUAAUUUUUCCAGUGCAAGUUAAGGAGGUCCUAAAACUUCCUGUCUUAAAAGGACUUGAAAUUGCUAAAGCUUGAAGGGAUUGUUUCUCGAUUAAUAUAUGUAUUAAAGCCACAGCGACCAUUUUA